CCCCCUCCGAUUGUCAACAUCUUGCACUGAUGAACGCUAGGCAGGUGAGGGGAGUCCAGCUAUACUAAUUCAAUCUUUUUGAUUUCACUCCGAGUUAUCAUCGGGGAGAGUUGACCUGCUCUCCGCCCUCCUGACCCUCCCUGUUACGGCCAUUCGCUCCCACCACUCCAACCACAAUGGCGUCCUUCCUGGAGAACGCAUACAGCUUGGUCCAUCUGGACAACACUGCAGAUCAGCCCUCGUUGCAGGAGCUGAAGUUGCAGUUAGAGAAGGGUACCGAUGAGACCAAGAUGGACACCAUGAGGCGGAUCAUUACGAUCAUGCUCAAUGGAGAUCCGAUGCCUCAGCUGCUUAUGCAUAUCAUUCGCUUCGUCAUGCCUUCCCGGAGCAAGCCUCUCAAGAAACUCCUUUACUUCUACUACGAGAUUUGCCCGAAAAUUGACACAAAUGGCAAACUCAAGCAAGAGAUGAUCUUGGUCUGUAACGGCAUUCGCAACGAUCUUCAGCACCCCAACGAGUACAUCCGAGGCAAUACCCUUCGUUUCCUGUGCAAACUCCGGGAACCAGAACUUAUCGAACCCCUCCUCUCGUCCGCACGCUCUUGCCUGGAGCACCGCCACGCCUACGUGAGAAAGAACGCCGUUUGGGCUGUCGCUUCUAUUUUCCAGCACUCCGAGUCCCUGAUUCCGGAUGCGCCCGAACUUCUCCAGACCUUCCUCGACACCGAAACCGACGGCACCUGCAAACGCAAUGCCUUCGCGGCCCUCAUGUCGAUCAGUCAUCAGAAGGCAUUGGAGUACCUCGCUUCCACAUUCGACAGCAUUCCCAACACGGACGAACUGCUGCAAUUGGCAGAGCUCGAGUUCAUUCGGAAAGACGCAGUGCAGAACGCUCAGAAUAAGGCGAAGUAUUUGCGCUUGAUCUUCGACCUCCUGGAUGCGUCGACUAGCACCGUCAUCUAUGAGGCUGCAACAUCCCUCACGGCACUCACCAGCAACCCGGUCGCCGUGAAAGCCGCGGCAGGCAAGCUGAUCGAACUGUGCAUCAAGGAGGCUGACAACAACGUUAAGCUCAUCGUACUCGACCGGGUCGACCAGCUACGCAUUCGCAACGAGGGUGUUCUCGAUGACCUAACCAUGGAAAUUCUACGUGUCCUGUCCAGCCCCGAUAUCGACGUUCGCCGGAAGGCCCUUGGAAUCGCUUUGGAAAUGGUAUCAAGCAAGAAUGUUGAGGAGAUUGUCAUGCUGCUGAAGAAGGAGCUCGCAAAGACUGUCGAUGAGCAGUAUGAGAAGAACAGCGAAUACCGCCAGCUCCUGAUUCAGUCGAUACACAACUGCGCCAUUCGGUUCUCGGAGAUCGCUGCAAGCGUCGUUGACCUUUUGAUGGACUUUAUCGCCGACUUCAACAACAACUCCGCCGUUGACGUGAUCUCGUUCGUGAAGGAAGUAGUGGAGAAGUUCCCUGCGCUCAGACACUCCAUUGUUGACCGGUUGGUCUCCACUCUGAGCGAAGUUCGUGCUGGAAAGGUCUACCGUGGCGUUCUCUGGGUUGUUGGUGAAUACUCUCUAGAGGAGCGGGAUAUUCGUGAGGCAUGGAAGCGGAUCAGAGCAAGUCUCGGCGAAAUCCCAAUCCUUGCCUCGGAACAACGUCUCCUGGACGAGGUACCGGAAGAUGCUGCUUUCAAGGACCAAGCCAACGGCCACAGCAAGCCGGCUGCUCCGACCGGAUCGCGCAAGGUGCUCGCUGACGGCACGUACGCCACUGAAAGCGCUCUCACUAGCCAGUCGGCUGCUGCGGCCCGCCUCGAAGCUGUCAAGGCCGCGCAGAAGCCUCCUCUUCGUCAGCUGAUCCUGGACGGUGACUACUACCUGGCUACUGUCCUUUCUUCUACUCUCACCAAAUUGGUUAUGCGCCACUCGGAAGUCUCCCAGGAUGCCGCCCGCACGAAUGCCCUGCGGGCAGAGGCCAUGCUCAUCAUGAUCUCGAUUAUCCGUGUUGGUCAAUCACACUUUGUUAAGGCACCUAUUGAUGAAGAUUCGGUGGAUCGCAUCAUGUGCUGCGUACGCUCGCUUGCCGAGUUCUCUGAGAAGAAGGAGCUGGAGACCACAUUCUUGGAAGACACCCGGAAAGCCUUCCGCGCCAUGGUUCAGGUCGAGGACAAGAAGAGGGCCGCCAAGGAGGCUGUUGAGAAGGCCAAGACUGCUGUGCAAGUUGACGAUGCUAUUCCGAUCCGACAGUUCACGAAGAAGGCGGCUGUCGAAGGUGCGGAGGAGAUUGAAUUGGAUCUCGCCAAGGCCACCGGCGGCGACUCGACGGUUGAGACUGUCUCCUCGAAGCUGAGCCGGGUUGUCCAACUGACUGGCUUCUCGGACGCUGUUUAUGCCGAGGCUUACGUUACGGUCCAUCAGUUCGAUAUUGUAUUGGAUGUUCUAUUAGUCAACCAGACCCUCGAGACUCUGCAGAACCUCAGCGUCGAGUUUGCGACCCUCGGCGACCUCAAGGUUGUUGAGCGACCCACCACCCACAACCUGGGACCCCGCGACUUCUUGAACGUGCAGGCUACAGUCAAGGUAUCGUCGACGGAUACUGGUGUGAUUUUCGGCAACAUUGUCUACGAUGGAGCCAGCUCCACGGAGACUCAUGUCGUGAUCUUGAACGAUAUUCACGCCGACAUCAUGGAUUACAUUCAACCCGCACACUGCACUGAGACUCAGUUCCGUACGAUGUGGACUGAAUUCGAAUGGGAAAACAAGGUCAACAUCAACUCCAAGGCCAAGAGCCUUCGUGAGUUCCUCAAGCAGCUCAUGGAGAGCACCAACAUGGCCUGCUUGACCCCUGAAGCCUCCCUUAAGGGCGAUUGCCGAUUCCUGAGCGCCAACCUCUAUGCCCGGAGCGUAUUUGGCGAGGACGCUCUGGCGAACCUAAGUAUUGAGAAAGAGGGUGAGGAUGGACCCAUCACCGGUUUUGUGCGGAUAAGAAGUCGUUCGCAGGGACUGGCUUUGAGCCUGGGGUCGCUGAAGGGCCUCAAGGCCUCCGCUGCAUGAAUCAAGUGUUGCCUUUGAAUCGUAUUUGAAUAGCCAUUACCCUGUUGUUGCCGGACCCACCGAUUUGUUUUGAACUUAUGCACCUAUUCACUCUUCUGUGUUCUUCUAAUGGACGACUUUUGUUGAUUAUUAUGGCUCUUCCGGUGUUGUACUACUGGAUGAGAGAAGACUUUAUUCCUCAAUGAAAGAUUUUAGAAUUC